AUGGCAACCGUACCUGAACCCAUUAAUGAAGUGAUGGCUUACUACAGUGAUGAGAAUGAGCUGUUAUUUGAGGCUGAUGGCCCCAAACAGAUGAAGAGCUGCACCCAACACCUGGACCUCGGCUCCAUGGGAGAUGGAAACAUCCAGCUGCAGAUUUCUCACCAGCUCUACAACAAAAGCUUCAGGCAGGUGGUGUCGGUCAUCGUGGCCAUGGAGAAGCUGAGGAGCCGUGCCUACGAACAUGUCUUCCGUGAUGAUGACCUGAGGAGCAUCCUUUCAUUCAUCUUCGAAGAAGAGCCUGUCAUCUUCGAAACAUCCUCCGAUGAGCUUCUGUGUGACGCAGCCGUGCAGUCAGUAAAAUGCAAACUCCAGGACAGAGAGCAAAAAUCCCUGGUGCUGGAUAGCCCAUGUGUGCUGAAGGCUCUUCACCUCCUCUCACAGGAAAUGAGCCGAGAAGUGGUGUUCUGCAUGAGCUUCGUACAAGGAGAGGAAAGAGACAACAAGAUUCCUGUGGCCUUGGGUAUCAGGGACAAGAAUCUAUACCUGUCUUGUGUGAAAAAAGGUGAUACACCGACCCUGCAGCUGGAGGAAGUAGACCCCAAAGUCUACCCCAAGAGGAAUAUGGAAAAGCGAUUCGUCUUCUACAAGACAGAAAUCAAGAACACAGUUGAAUUUGAGUCUGUCCUGUACCCUAACUGGUACAUCAGCACUUCUCAAAUCGAAGAAAAGCCCGUCUUCCUGGGACAUUUUAGAGGUGGCCAGGAUAUAACUGACUUCAGAAUGGAAACCCUCUCUCCCUAA